UAGAACAGAACAGCGAAUUGUUCAAUUGCUCCUUCAUCAGCUCCAACCAAAGAAAUGCUCUUUCAAAAACGGUACCCAAAUUCUAUUUGCUAAUGCUCUAGUCUGCCAACAAAACAGUCGAGCUUUAACCGGGAGAGAUUUCAGUGAACGAACAUAAGAAUGAUUCGUCUAAUUUUUGUUUAAAACACCAAUUUACAAACCAAUACUACUACACCCGAGCAGCUGCCAUUGAGAUGAACAGAAAUUCUAACGGUUAAUUCACUCCAGGUAGAACUACUUGAUACACGGAGUUUGCCAUCUCCACCGUUGCAGGAAUAGCUCUGGCGGGUCACGUGAUCUCACAGUAGCUCCUGCUGCCAGAGACAUUGAACUGCGUUGUCUUCAUCCAGUCGAGUCAGUCAAGCGUCAGUGGAGUGGAGCGCGAGAGAGCUCAAUACCACAAUCAUGACCACUACAACAGCAGAAGCCGAGACCCGCCAGAGACUGCUGCGAAACGUGAAGAAGGAGGUCAAGCAGAUCAUGGAGGAAGCAGUCACAAGGAAGUUUGUUCAUGAAGACAGCAGCCAUAUUGUCUCAUUCUGUGCUGCUGUUGAAGCCUGUGUGCUUCAUGGGUUGAAGAGGAGAGCUGCUGGUUUCCUACGAAGCAACAAGAUAGCUGCACUCUUCACCAAAGUGGGCAAAAGCUUCCCUCCAGCUGAGGAGCUGUGCAGAAAAGCCCAGGAGCUGGAGCUGGUCUUUGAAAGCAAACGAAGUCAGUCUAUUUCUUACAGCGAGAGCAACCGUAAGAUGUCCAAAGUCCCAAACUUCUCGCCUCAGGCUGUCAGACACUUGUGGAUCCACACAGCACUCAUUGAGAAAGUGCUGGACAAGAUUGUACUGUACCUGGUGGAAAACAGCAGUAAGUUUUACGAGAAGGAGGCUAUCCUAAUGGAUCCUGUGGACGGCCCUAUCCUCGCCUCUUUGUUAGUGGGCCCCUGUGCGUUAGAGUACACUAAAAUGAAGACGGCAGAUCAUUUCUGGACAGAUCCUUCAGCUGACGAGUUGGUGCAAAGGCAUCGUAUUCACAGUGGCCACUGCCGACAAGACUCACCUACAAAGAGACCUGCCCUCUGCAUUCAGAAAAGACACUCCAGUAGUAGUAUGGAUGAAAGGCCAUCUCCCUCCCCCUUCGCCAGAGACUACGUGGAGUCUCUUCAUCAGAAUUCCAGAGCGACCCUCCUGUUCGGAAAGAACAACGUACUGGUGCAGCCGAGGGAUGAUAUGGAAGCAAUCCCAGGGUACCUCUCUCUACACCAGACGGCUGACUGCAUGACGCUGAAAUGGACGCCAAAUCAGCUAAUGAACGGCUCCAUGGGAGAUCUUGACUAUGAGAGGAGUGUUUACUGGGACUACGCCAUGACAAUCCGCCUGGAAGAGAUUGUGUACUUGCAUUGUCAUCAGCAGGUGGACUGUGGGGGAACAGUGGUUCUGGUUAGUCAGGAUGGGAUUCAAAGGCCUCCGCUUCGUUUUCCCCGUGGUGGUCACCUCCUACAGUUCCUCUCCUGUCUGGAAAAUGGUCUGCUGCCUCACGGCCAGUUAGACCCUCCACUUUGGUCCCAGAGAGGAAAGGGUAAAGUAUUUCCUAAGCUAAAGAAGAGAUGUCCACAGGGAUCCUCAGACUCUGUCUCAGACAAAGAAGAGGAAGAAGCAACAGAUUAUGUCUUCCGCAUUGUUUUCCCAAACAGGCAGUCAGAAUUUGUGGCUCCAGAAUUCAUAGAUCAGGGAGUAAACAUGUGGCACCCAACACCAAGGAAAUCAUCUUGCUCUUCCUGCUCACAGAGUAGUUUCUUUGAUGGAGCACCACCUAAUGGAUGUAACCAUGAAAGGGCCCCUCUGAAGUUGCUGUGUGACAAUAUGAAGAACCAGAUCAUCUCCCGAGCUUUCUAUGGAUGGCUGGCGUACUGCCGUCACCUGUCCACGGUACGCACUCACCUGUCUGGCCUUGUCAAUCACACUAUUGUGGAACCAGAUGUGCCCACUGACGCCUAUGGUGGGCUCACAACAGAAGUGUGGCAGAAGUUUCUUGAAGACUGCAGUACCUAUGAGGAGAAGGAGUUACUGAGGCUAGUUUAUUUCGGUGGAGUUGACCCUUCUUUGCGAAAGGAAGUCUGGCCUUUCCUGCUGGGUCAUUACCAAUUUGGGAUGUCUGAGGCUGAGAGAAAAGAGGUGGAUGAGCAGAUGCGAGCGUGCUAUGAGCAAACAAUGAGCGAAUGGUUAGGGUGUGAGGCCAUUGUUAAGCAGAGAGAAAAAGAACAGCACGCUGUGGCGAUAGCCAAGUGUUCGUCUGGGGCGAGUAUAGACAGCACCACACAAAGAAUAAUGCACCGUGACUCCACCAUCAGCAAUGAGUCCUCGCAGAGCUGUAGUUCAGGCAGGCAAAGAGAUUCCAGGCUGCAGAGCGACUCCAGCAGCAGUACUCAAGUGUUUGAGUCUGUUGAAGAGGUCGACCAGAUUGAGUCUGAGCCCAAGAGUGAAGACAAACAGGUUUCCAAAAUCUCAAAUGGAACACCCCAAAAUGGCACCAGUUCUCCAGACUCUGGUCACCCCUCUUCCAGAAACUUCUCUGUUACUUCUGGUCAGUCAGACUCCUUGAGCACAGAAGACAGUGGGAUACAUGACCCAAGCCUUAAAGCCCAGCUACAGCUAGCAGUAUCAAAGGAAAGGUUUGAAAGUUCAUCUGGAGAGGAAGGAAAGCUGACUGAGGAAGGUGAGACCAAAUCGGUUGAGAAACUAGGUGUGAGAGAAUAUAGUAAAAUUGAGGUUAACAAAGUGUUGUCUUCGGAUGCAGUUGUGACAAAAUCAGAGAGAAGCAAGAAGGCCACAGAGAGCUCCGAUAAAAGGGCAGAGGUCGAGACAGGGGUGUUGAAAACAGCUCGAGAUGCUUUUGAGGCUCCUGCAGCAGCUCGCAGCCACAUGACCAAAACAGAAGUGGGCGAAUCUCCAGAGAGAACUUUGACAUCAAAAAAUGAAGCACUGGCACAGCGAACUGAGUCAGAUAUUCCCAAAGCAACAGAGGUCGUUCAAUCGACUCCUCCAGAGUUGAAGAUGAAUGAGAAUCGGGUAAAUGUGGACAUUGAAAGGUCCCACAUGGGAAUUAAAGAUAUUAGAGCAAUCGAGGAGAAACCUUUGGUAACAAAAGAUCAUAAAUUGUCAGAUGCACUUGAGCAGAAGGUUGUAGCAGACACACUGGUGUCUGUUUCAAAGGAGGAUGAUACAGAGAAGACUGUAAAAACCAAUGAAACAAGCCAAUAUAAAGACUCCAAGAUAUACAUGGAUGAUGCCAACAAUAUUAGUGCCACACAGAUAGCUUUUAGACCAGGUGAUGAGAAAGAGAAGAAGACUAUGAAGACCAGUGAUUUACCCAAUGAAGCUGGAACAGCAGCAUCAGUUCUCCUAAAAACCACUGGUACAGAGCAAAGAAAAGAGAAGGUUGUUACAACGAGGACCACACAUAAAGAAAUGCUGAGAAACGCUCCAGUAGUUGAGGAGAUGGUGGUUCCUUUGGUGCAUGAAGCUUUUAGCACAAGAGAGAUGGGUGAAGCCCAAGAUGCAACUGAGUCAGACGAGUCUCCCUCUGCCAUUGAAAUGGAAGAGAUUCCUACAGCUAAAGUGUCCUGGCCUGGGAGGAAGAGUUCACCCAGAACCAAGGGUAAUGAGCAGACAACUGUACCUGUAUUGGAACUCAGACUGGAGGAAGCUCAUGGAAAGCCCAGCUCUGAUGGAAUUAAUUCUGAGGAGCCAGAGAUGGAGAGUCUUUGCCCACAGCUUGAUUCACUGGCUGUGAACACUACGAAUGAAGCUACCUCUCCAGUUUCCUCUAUAGGCACCACUUAUUCUCAAGAGCUUUUGGACAUGUACACUCUAAAUCUGCACCGCAUUGAUAAAGACGUUCAGCGCUGUGACAGAAAUUACUGGUACUUCACACCUGCUAACUUGGAAAAACUACGCAAUAUCAUGUGCAGUUAUAUCUGGCAGCACCUGGAAAUUGGAUAUGUCCAGGGCAUGUGUGACCUGCUCGCUCCCUUGUUAGUUAUUCUAGAUGAUGAGGCCAUGGCCUUCAGUUGUUUCACUGAACUAAUGAAAAGGAUGAAUCAAAAUUUUCCUCAUGGAGGUGCGAUGGACACCCACUUUGCCAACAUGAGAUCUCUGAUCCAGAUCCUAGACUCAGAGCUGUUUGAGCUAAUGCAUCAGAAUGGGGACUACACCCACUUCUACUUCUGCUAUCGCUGGUUUCUUCUUGACUUUAAAAGAGAGUUGGUGUAUGAUGAUGUGUUUGCUGUUUGGGAGGUCAUCUGGGCUGCUAAGUGUGUCUCCUCCAGCCAUUUUGUGCUCUUCAUUGCUCUUGCAUUGGUGGAGAUAUACAGAGACAUCAUUCUAGAAAACAAUAUGGACUUCACAGACAUCAUCAAGUUUUUCAAUGAAAUGGCUGAGCAUCACAAUAUCAAGCAAAUUCUGACUCUGGCUCGAGACCUGGUGUGCAAAGUGCAGACACUUAUAGAGAACAAGUAACUCUGAAGACUCUCACCUCUGUUGUUUAUCGUGUUCACAU